AUGGCAAGCACAGCAGCUGAGGCCGUAGAGGACGAUAUAAGACACGUGGUGGAAUUGUGGACGACCUCAUUCUGUACACCAGUGGUGAGGUUCCUACGUUUGGUCAUCCCAGCCUCCCUCAGGCAUACCAUACUCAACAACCUCCACGCUGGCCAUCAAGGCAGAGAUUCAAUGCUCCAAGUUGAACAAAAGUGUCGCCAGUGCCAGAUUUGCGAGGUACAUGCUCCCUCUCAACCCAAGGAAGAACUCAUACCCACGCCUCCACCUCAGUAUCUAUUCCAGCAAGUGGCAGCGGAUCUAUUCCAUCUAGACGGCAACUUGUACAUUGCCUAUGCAGACAGGCUGACAAGCUCCUGCCUCAUCACUACUUUCCGUCAAUGGUUCAGGAGACUAGGCAUCCCCGAGGAGCUGUCAUGCGAUGGAGGUACUAACCUCACCAGUCAUGAAUCCAGAUGCUUCUUCAGUACCUGGUGUGUCAAGCUAAGGAUCUCUUCAGCACACUACGCUCAGUCUAAUGGGCGUACAGAGGCGGCAGUCAAGUCGGCGAAGAGGCUGCUAAGAGGUAACAUCUCCCGUGGAGGCUCACUGGACACCGACAUCACUAGGGCGCUUAUGCAAUACCUAAACACACCCCUUCAAGGGUUGGACACGUCCCCAUCGCAGCUGCUGAUAGGCAGGCAACUACGGGAUGCCAUACCAGUGGAAAAGGCACCGGCAGAGCCACGAUCAGAAACAGACGUCACCUUCGCCCGCUUCGCCCGCGAGGUAGCGAGUCCCAGACAGGUGCUCCACAGGAGCUCCAAAGCACCGUGUCAAGCCACCCUUCAACCCCCAGACCCCGGCGUACCAGCAGAAUUAUCUGCUGGGCAGGGAAAUGAAUCUGUUGAGCCACAGAAAUAUUCCAGCUGA